UAGUCGUCUCGUCUUUGCCAAGUCGGUUUGAAAAGAGCAGACAAAGACUGAAGCAGGACGUCUUCUACUCGCUCUUCCCCGCCAUGAAACUUCUUCCGGCCGCUACUGGACGCCACACUUUCCGCCUCUGAAAUGCACGACCGUCUGGACCCGCCCCGGCCGAGAAAAGACGCCUUUUUACGGCGACAAUACGAGAAGGAAACGUCGUGUGAGUGAGAGAGGAAGAGAGAGAGAGAGAGAGAGAGAGAGGGGAAGGAUUGACGCCGUUUCCUCUCCUCCUCCUCCUUCUUCCUCUUCUUCUUCUUCCUCUUUCUCGGCGGAGGAUAAACGCUUUUUUUGUGUGUGUCUAUUUGCUUUCUUUUUUCAACGUGACUGCGGCUGAAGAGAGUUUUGUGAUUGCCGACCUUCCCGGCGAGCCACGAAGAGAAAACAAAAGUCUUGUUGCUACUUUUUGCAUCAUUGAGAUUGUUUUCUUGGCAGUGGGGGUGUGGAGUAAUCAUUUUUAUAUGCCUGGGUUUUGAAAAACAAUGGAGACGCACAUUUCGUGCCUCUUCCCGGAAAUUUUGGCAAUGAUUUUCAGCCACCUGGACGUGAGGGACAAAGGCAGGGUGGCCCAAGUGUGCCUGGCUUGGAGGGACGCGUCCUACCACAAGUCAGUGUGGAGAGGCGUGGAGGCCAAGCUGCACCUCCGCCGGGCCAAUCCCUCCUUGUUCCCCAGCCUGCAGGCCAGAGGCAUCCGGAGGGUCCAGAUCUUGUCGCUGCGCCGCAGCCUGAGCUACGUGAUCCAGGGAAUGCCCAACAUCGAGUCCCUCAACCUCUCGGGCUGCUACAACCUGACCGACAACGGGCUGGGCCACGCAUUUGUGCAGGAGAUCCCGUCCCUGAGGGUGUUGAACCUGAGCCUCUGCAAGCAGAUCACCGACUCCAGCCUGGGCCGGAUCGCCCAGUACUUAAAGAACUUGGAGGUUCUGGAGCUGGGAGGUUGCAGCAACAUCACCAACACGGGGCUCCUGCUCAUCGCCUGGGGCCUCCACAGACUCAAGAGCCUCAACUUGAGGUCCUGCCGCCACGUCUCAGACGUGGGCAUUGGACACUUGGCCGGCAUGACCCGCAGCGCCGCCGAGGGCUGCCUGAGCUUGGAGUACCUGACCCUCCAGGACUGCCAGAAACUGACAGACCUGUCUCUAAAGCACAUCUCCAAGGGUCUGACCGAGCUGAGGGUCCUCAACCUGAGCUUCUGCGGCGGCAUCUCGGACGCCGGCAUGAUCCACCUCUCGCACAUGACGUCCCUGUGGAGCCUCAACCUGCGCUCUUGCGACAACAUCAGCGACACGGGCGCCAUGCACCUGGCCAUGGGCACCCUGAGGCUCUCAGGCCUGGACGUGUCCUUCUGCGACAAGAUCGGCGACCAGACGCUGGCGUACAUCGCCCAGGGGCUGUACCGACUCAAGUCGCUGUCGCUGUGUUCGUGCCACAUCUCGGACGACGGCAUCAACCGCAUGGUGCGGCAGAUGCACGAGCUGCGGACGCUCAACAUCGGACAGUGCGUGCGCAUCACCGACAAGGGGCUGGAGCUCAUCGCCGACCACCUGACCCAGCUGGCGGGCAUCGACCUGUACGGAUGUACUAAGAUCACCAAGAGGGGGCUGGAGAGGAUCACGCAGCUGCCCUGCCUUAAAGUGCUCAACCUGGGACUCUGGCAGAUGACGGACAGUGAGAAAGUCAGGUGAUGGGCUUGCAGGAAGUGGGUCCACCUGCACCUCACAGCACUGUGUGAUUGUGUGCUUCUCCCAUGUGUUUGUCCAUGAACUCUGUAACUUUGGAGCUUUCAUUCGCAGCCUGAAAAUAACAACAAAAGUGCAAAGGAGGAGGAGAAGCAGAAUGAGAGACUGGGAGAAAUUGUGCCUACACGGACAGUCUGCGUGCGUGUCUGUGUGUGCGUGUGUGUCCCUCCCCCAUCCUUUCCUCCAUGAGCAGAAGGGGACACAAUUCAAACUACCUUUUUGUUGAAAUUACACAAACAGCCUCACGGUCCCAUUCUCCCUAAACCCAUUAUGCAAGCAAACUUUUAACACAAAUACAUACGAAGCUUCAGGUAUUUUUGCUAAAGAGGGGAGGAGGUCCUGCAGGGGUCAGUGAAUGUUGCUUCAAAUUGAAGUGAUUUAAAUAUGUUUACCCUCUUUUAUUAAUUGAAACAAAUCAGGGUUCCAUGUUUAGUUUAUUUUUUUUCGUAAACGGAGGAGAAGGAGAAAUGUUCUUCUCCUCCUGCUCGUUCUCUCCGUCCCUCCCCGGAUGAAAAUACCAAUGCUUGGAGACAUGCUUGGAAUAAGAAGCAAUCGAUUAUUUGUAUCUCUCUCUCUCUCUCUGCUUUCUCGGGUUACAAGCUCGCUCUGUUGUUGUUUUAUUCCACACACACAAGUCAGACACACACGCGUGUGUGUAUUUUAAUGUAAUGCAAUGAGCUGCUUGAACAUAUGGAUGUGUGCGACCUGCUGAAGAAGCUGUGUGAACAUUCAAGGAUGAAAAAAAAGAUGUACUGUAUAUUACGUGUUUGUAAAAAAAAAAAAAUCUUCCCAAAUUGUUUUAUAUUCUUACGAGCAAAACAAUUAAAGAUAUUUAUGUAAUGAA